AUGCGACAUCUCCUGGCUGAGAGCGGGCGGUUGCAUGUGAGUCAUGUGAGUCUCCACCCUAAUUCCCUGACCCUGGAAGUGCCUGAGAAAUCCGCAGGGCCUGCGCUGAGAGGUUGCCUGAUGAAAAUCUCAUUGGAUCGCCUUCUCAGCGUUCAGUUUCACAUGCCUCGGCUGCCUGAUGUCUUGGCAUUACUCGAAGGCUUGGCCUUGAGCUCCUGCCGCAGCCUUCGCAAAAUCGUGGAUCGCCAGUCGCGCUGGCGACCGCGGGAGCUGCAGUUCGAGCAGAUGGAGGAAGAACAGCGACGUUCUGCAGCUCGCGUCACAGAGUUGCUGCAACCUGGCUUUGGGAAUCAGUUGCCCAACUUACAACACCUGGAGGGUUCGGUUUUCUCUUUGCUGCUGCGCGCUCGUCAGCAUAGCUUCCCGGCCGAUCAAUCGAAAGGCGCGGCUUCCCCGGACGUCGCUGGCGUCGCUGGCAUCGCUGGCGUCGCGCCGGCGCUGGAAGCUGUGGAUGGCAUCGGUGCGCGGCUCCAAGUCCUCCAUUUGGUGGAUCUCUAUGCCGCCGAUCUGCUGGGGCUACUCCCAAGUGGCACGGAAGGAGCCAUGAGUUCUUCCGCACCCUCCUGUCCCAAGCUUCAAAAGUUGUUCUUGCUCAACCUGCCGUCAGCCCAUCCUGGGCUCACAGCCAAAGUCAUCUGCAAGUUCUUGCCACAAGCGCCGGAGCUCAAAGAACUGCAGUUGGACUUCCAAUACUUUGAUCCCGCUUUGUGGGACCUUGAAGCGCUAGAAGCCCUCAUCGCCAGAGUUCAAGCUGAACCCUCCAAAGUGAGCAAACUGAUUCUGGACUGGUGCCGCCUGGGCGACGCUGGGGUCAAAUGCGUUUGCACUGCCCUGGCGCGUCACGUGCGUGCCAACGCCGGCGUGAAGGAGUUGUCCUUAGCCCACUGCGAACUGAAAGACCUGAGCCACGUCUGCGAGAUGUUGGAGACGCCCCAGCUGGCCCUGACCAGCUUGGAUUUGUCGGCCAACAGCUUUGGGGACGAUGAAGGGGUUAAGUUGGCAAAGUCACUUCCAUUCUCCAGCAUCAAGGAGCUACGGCUGCGCGACUCGCAGGUCUCUGAGCGCAUGCCGGUGAAGACCAAAUGGUCUUGGGGCUGUUGA